UUUUAAUUUUCAAGCAAACAAGAGGAAAAUAUGAUUUCUAGAAGAUUAAAAGGUCAAUUGCAUUUUUCAGGUGCAAAGGUACCUAAAGUGACAAGACAGAAACGGCAAGAGACAUUAGAGGAUACUUGGAAGAUAAUAAUGGAAGCGCGUCAAGUGCCACCCACAAAGUCAGAUACGUGGCAACACAGUGGGCAUCAGUUGACCACAAGUAGACCGGAUCAUGUACCAAAAUCGAAGACCUCCAAGAACCGUGUGAACUAUGAGUCCCAAUUCGAAGCUCCAUUGAGAUUGUCCUCAAGUACGAAGAUUUCAAAAGAGUCGUCGUUGAGUAAAGAUGAGCUGAAUCAAAGGGUUGAGGCGUUCAUCAAGCAAUUUAAUGAGGAGAUGAGGUUGCAAAGGCAAGAGUCACUCAACCAGAGUAUGGAGAUGAUUAAUCACGAGGUCUAGACUAUACAGAUCAUUAAUUCCUGUUGUAUAGAAAUAAGUCAAUAACCUUCACAGAAGACUUACAGAACUCUCACACAGGGUGAACUUCAUGUGAAUAUUUUAUUGAAAAAAAAAUAAAAAAAAAUACCUGCUGUGCCCCAUCUAGAGGGAUUCUGUGACCCCUCAUGCUGUACAUAUAGUAUGCUUGCUAUACAGAUUUAGAUUGUGAUUUACUUGUUAAUAUAAAAA